GACGACGAGGGCGAGCCGGAGCUGCUCCCGGCGCUCUCCAGCGCCACCCACGAGCGCAUCCGCUACCUGGGCGGGGUGCGCUUCGACGCCGCGGACGCCGGCAGGUGCGCGAGAGGCUCCGAGGAGUGGGCGGCUUUCGGGCGCUCGUUCUGGGCGUUGCUGCGGGUGGAGCUCUGCGUGUCCGGCGCGCCGGCGGCGGUGGGCGUCG